GUGUAUAAACAAUUUUUUUCUAUGGCUAAUGGGUAAACUUGCUGCACAUUGCAAACUACUAUACAAAGCUUAUCUUUAAUCCAUAGUCAAAAAAGCAUUCUUGGUUUUAUUAAAAUGAGGGAUGAGGAUGUGCUAGGUGGUAUCACCUGCUGUUUGGAUAAUGCAUUUUGUGUGCAACAUGUAAAUAUUAUGUUUAUUUUAAGCAUUGUCUUUUUUUUCUUUUGCAGGAUGUUUCUGGUAGUUCAGUUUUUAGAUGAAGAAAAAGCUGUGUCUGUUAUACCACAGUCUUGGUACAGUGAUGGCACAACCUUUUGGCCAAAUUAUAAGAGCGAUCAAAGACUCAACAAAGCAGUAAGAUAUGCUGAGGAACCAGGCCCUGACUGGACCAAGCAUGACGUUAGAGUACUAAAGUCCUACGGAGACUACAUGUCUGCAUGGCAAGGGAUGAAGAAGUCUUUGACGUGUCAAACUUCAGAAUUGGAUUCAGAUGAUCAGGAGGAUAUAGGCAGGGUGAAAAGAGCACCUAAACCAAUCCACUACUAUGGUGACACUGACUAUGAAAGUGAACAUGAAGACUUGGCUAAUAAAACAAAAGUUCCCUUGACAAGAUUUUCAAAACCUCAACAGUCAACUGGACCUUGCAUGUUCUCCCCACAUUCUGCACCUCAGGUACCAUCACCACCUUUACCAUCUGUGCCACCUUGUCGCUCACCACCACAUUCUUUGCCUCAGGUGCCACCUCCUUACCAGUCACUAUCGCUCUCUGAAAAUACAUCUCAACAAAUUUCCACGAGCCUUCCAAAAAUGAAAAAUACUUCUGAACUCUUCAAGCCUACUUACAGAGUGGGUCAAUGUGGAACAGAACCAAUACCUUGUACUGCUGCAGAUCUUCAUAUCCUUACAUUGCUCGAACAUGUGAAGCACCAGCUGUCACAAUUGGCUGUCAUGAUCAGUUCACUAUCUGGGCGGCUAAACAUUGAAUGCUCACCUGAUAUGCCAGAAGAGGUCCAGUUUCCUUUACAAUCAUUGGAGGAAGUGGAUGACUUUGAGGCCUGGUUGAAACAACCAACCAAUGCUUUGAAGAAAAAGAACAUGAUUUCUGUACUGGCAUCUAUCGGAGGACAAGAUACCAAGCGUGUCACUUGGAAUAUUCUUUCACAUAUUUUUGGAGAUGAUGUUGCAAAAAGAUAAACUGGAAGGGAGUGAAUGAAAAAUGGGCCU